AUGUGUAUCACAGCUUGCUUAAUAUACGGCGGAUUCACACUCAACACCGCGAUUAUUGAGAGGCAUUCGAAGUUUGCUUUCCAGGCACUGGUGAUGACCGGUCUCUGGAUGCAAGGUAUCAACAAGCUGUUUGUGUUUAUUUAUAAUGCACACAAUCUCUACGAAUUGAAUCAGAGUGCUUUAAAAGUCUAUCUCGAUUUCGAAAAUCAUUCGGAUCCCAGAUUUGCCACAAAUCUGCAGGAGAGUUGCGACAGAUUGCGACGUGCUCUUAUUAUUGUGUUCACGUUCUAUUGCGUCGGCGUCAGUGGCAUGAUUAUCUUGCCCCUCACGGUCAAUAUGUUUACCGGGGAGCGUCACUUGAUCAUGCAGUUUUAUGUUCCGGGUAUUGAUCAUACGACUCAGUGGGGAUUUUGGAUAACGCAAGGGUUUCAUGUUUUUGUGCUGAUCGUUGGCGGUUUGGGAAUGUUUGCUGGCGAUUUGGUUAUUCUUGUGCAUCUGCUGCAGUCAUAUAUAUUCAGGGAUGUGCUGCGUCUUAAGAUCGACAUAUUCAACACGUUUGUGGAUGAACCUGGCAAGCAAUCGGAUUCGGAUAUACAGAAAGGACUUGUCGACAUUAUGCAGUUUCAUCAGCUCUACUUGAGUUGCCACACAUUCGAUUAUGGUGGCGCCAUCUAUGUGUCAUCUGAGAUCAUCAUUCUGAAUAUUUUAUAUUCCAACAGUUUCUUCGCUCGCUGCAACGAUCUCUUCUACACGAUUGUAUCCAUCCAAGUCAUCACAGCAGCUGGUUGCUUUAUUCUGACCAUGUUUGUGCUCCUUACCAGCGUUUGGCCUGGUGGCUGGGCUUAUGCAGUUGGUGUAGCUUCCAAUUUGUAUAUUUAUUGCAUACUCGGUACUUUGGUUGAAAAUUGUAACGAUGAUCUCAUCUAUGAGGUCUACAACAUAUCUUUCUACAAUCUGAAUGCUCGCCAGCAGCGUCAAGUUUUAUUCAUGUUAUGCAAAGCUCAAAGCACUGACAUGAUUCAGGUACUGGGUGUUAUGCCAUUGGCCGUGAGCACAGGUCUUCAGGUCACAAAGAGCAUUUAUAGCGUUGCAAUGAUGAUGAUAAACUUUGUUAUGAAAGAAUAAAUUAAAAAUUAAAUGAAAACAGAGCACAAUGAAGUCCACCCCAACCCCAACGUUAUAAAUGCAACGAUAGAUUUUUUUAAUGCACUGCGUGGACGUCGAACUUAUCUUAACAGUUUGAACGAGCUAAGCACCAAUUUUGAAUCUGCUUAUUAAAUAAUGAAAAAUGU